ACCAUAAGUCGCAACUUCUCCUGACUUUUCCCCUCCGCAAAUCGUCAAUAUCCAUUCACCGUCGUGAUAAUUGCAUCCAGCCUAUCGACGAAAGCCCACUAGACACGUCGGCUCUACAAUCUACACAACUCGAGGGCUACACCCAAUUUCCAAACAGCUGCUCUCCAUCACGCAACGGGUUUGUCCAAAGGCGCACCAGCCAAGGCAUCUGCAAACAUGGCAAUCAGCGGGCUGGGGAAGGGCUAUGUCGCCUUUUCCAUCUUGCAUUUUCUUCAAUUCGUCUUCGCCAUUACCGUCUGCGCACUCUAUGGCGUGGAGCUCGAUCGCACCCGGAAAGCUAACGAGCAUGCCGAUGGCAGAUGGGUCUAUGCUGAAGUCGUGGGCGGUCUCUCGGCGCUGACGGCUAUUCUCUACUGCAUUCCCUUCAUUUUGCGAUUUGCCUUGGUCUGGGCGUGGAAUAUGAUUCUAUUCAUCCUUUGGAUCGCCCUCUUCGGUGUCUUUGCGAGCAUGUACAUUCAUCAAGAUGCCAGGGGAAAUUCCGACAUCCAACGACUGAAGAACGCCGUUUGGGUCGUUCUUGUCAAUGCCCUCCUCUGGCUCGUCGGCACCUUUGCCCAUUUCAUCUACUGGUGGGGCCACAGGGAGCGCCGAAGCCGCUUCACUGGCCGUGCUAGGGUCUAGAACCCGCGGUCACUGUGCUUAUUUCCCUUGGAAGGCAGCGGUAGGAUUUUUGCGUACUUGGGUUUUGCGUUUGGCUUUUACAUGUGUAUGAUACCAUGGCUAUGGAACACAGUUUGGCUAUACCCAUAGAACCAGCAGCAGGGGGAUAGGGCGAAUAAUACUAAUGAGCUUACCUCUAUCACAUCGUUUUCUCCUGACAGG